AUGGCUACGCUAGCUUGCCCUAAGGCGACUGUUGCCUUCGCUGCUCGCACCAAUGCCGCUUCUCGACCAGCGGCAUCUGCGGCGGUCUCCGCGGCUCCCGUGAGCAGCAGAAGCGCUCGCCUUGCCGGAUCCCUCUCCGCUUCCGCAGCCGCCGCUGCCGCUGCGUGCUCCAGCAAAGAACUCUUCUCCACUCCUGUAGCGCACUCACGCGGGCAUCACGGCGCAAUUCGCGCCAUAUCUCGCGGGGCUGUUCGGGUGGACGCUAGCGUGGCGCGGCGCAAAGUGCUGAUCGUUAACACUAACGGCGGAGGCCACGCGGUGAUUGGCUUCGCGCUGGCCCGUCAGUUAGCGACGGCCGGCCACUCGGUGACGAUCAUGACCGUUGGCGAUCGCAACUCCGAUAAGAUGAAGAAGCUGCCCUUCUCGCGCUUCUCGGAGCUCCGCGCGGAGGGCGUGCGCACGGAGUGGGGCGACCCGGCGCGGCUGUCCGCCGUGUUCGGCGCGACCGGGGGCUUCGACGUGGUGCUGGAUAACAACGGCAAGGACCUCGAUACCGUCAAGCCCGUGGCGGACUGGGCGAGCGCGGCGGGCGUGCGGCAGUUCCUGUUCAUCAGCAGCGCGGGCAUCUACACGCCCUCGUCCGAGCCCCCGCACGUCGAAGGGGACGCGGUGAAGGAGAGCUCGGGGCACGCGCAGGUGGAGAAGUACCUGGCGGGCAAGGCGUGGGGCGACGGGUGGGCGGCGUUCCGCCCGCAGUACAUCACGGGGUCGGGCAACAACAAGGACUGCGAGGAGUGGUUCUUCGACCGCAUCGUGAGGGGGCGGCCGGUGCCGAUCCCAUCGCCGGGCAUUCAGCUGACGGUGGUGGCGCAUGUGGACGACAUAGCGCGCAUGAUUGCCCUCGCCAUUGACUACCCGCAGGACGCCAAGGGUCAGAUCUUCAAUGCGGUGGGCGGCAGAGCGGUGACGUUUGAUGGGCUCGCUCGCAUGUGCGCCAACGCUGCUGGCCGCGCCUCGUCACUCAAGAUUGUGCAUUAUGAUCCCAAGGCUGCUGGGGUAGACGCCAAGAAGGCAUUCCCCUUCCGCAACAUGUUUUGCCAAGUUUCUGCGUUCGCACCAGCAGCUUACCUCUCCGCCAUCCAUCGUCUCCCCCGCCACUCCCUUCGCCUAUCACCGCUAUUCCGACCCUCAUCGCUCCGCCCAUCACGCUGCGAUCAUCGCGGGCACGCCAGCAUGAGCGGCAUCGGCAGGGCGCUCUACAAUGUGGGCUUCUGGGUGCGCGAGACGGGGCAAGCACUCGAUCGACUGGGGUGCCGUCUGCAGGGCAAAUAUGCCUUCACUGAAGAACUGUCGCGGCAUCGCACCAUCAUGAAUCUUUUCGACAAGCUGCCCGAGGUGCCCGCAAAUGCCUUCGUGGCGCCGAGCGCGGCUGUGAUUGGCGACGUGCAGAUCGGGCAGCGAUCAUCUGUGUGGUACAACGCCAUUCUUAGAGGCGACGUGAACAGCAUCCGCGUGGGCGCGGACACCAACAUCCAGGACGGCUGCAUCGUGCACGUGGCAAAGACCAACCUCGCCGGCAAGAUCCUCCCCACCAUCAUUGGCUCGCGCGUCACUAUUGGGCACAAUGCGGUGCUGCAUGCGUGCACGGUGGAGGACGAGGCAUUUGUGGGCAUCGGAGCAACGCUGCUGGACGGGGUGGUGGUGGAGUCGGGUGCCAUGGUGGCUGCUGGCGCUCUUGUCGUGCAGAAUACGCGCAUUCCUGCAGGCCAGAUCUGGGCGGGGUCGCCAGCAAAGUUCUUCCGCACACUGACAGCAGCAGAGCGGGCGUUCAUUGCCAAGUCAGCAGAGAGCUAUGCCAGCCUGGCAGAGGUACAUGCCAAGGAAAACGCCAAGAGCUUUGAGGAGGUGGAGGCGGAUAAGAAGCAGAGGGAGGGGUGGGCCAACUACAGUGAAGACUUUGUUUCUAGUGUGGGCGCUGUUGUGGAUAAGCCGCCUGUUCCUAGUCCAGUCAAGCUGGCUUAG